AAUCAGUUUUUUAAUUACAAGGAGAUUGAGAAAAUUGCAUGUCAAGCUGGGAUUGUUUUACAAGCCGUUAAAGAUGUAGUUCAGAGUUUAGUCGAUGAGAACCUAGUCAAUUGUGAUAAAAUAGGUAAACAAAACAUGUAAGUUUUAUGUGGAAGCAAUGGCACAAUUUUUAUAAUGGUCCUUGUAUCUAUUGAAACGGUUGCUGUUUUUUUUUCAAAUACAACGUAAAAGUUACUGGGUUCUUUCGGUAGAUAUUUUACUACAUUCACGUCGGAAGUCGGAAGCUGAAUUGUAACUUUAUGAAAUGACAAAUUUGUUUUGAUAUUUGUUACUACGUUACAUGAACCUGCGUGUGUGUGUGUGUGUGUGUUUGAAGGAAACGGAAAGAACAAUUGGAGAAAAAACGUGAUUUACUAAAAAAACAAUUAGAAUUUUUUUCUUCUUCUGAGUAUGGCUCUGAAGCAACACGCGGUGAAUUAAUAGAAAAAAUACAAUAUCUUCAAAUUAAAAAACAGAAAUUAGUACAAGAAAUCCAGUCUAAAAAAUCUCACGGAGUUGAGUCAUUAAAAGCACUAAAAUCUACGCUUGCUCAAUCCUGUGAAAUGUCGACGCGGUAUAUUUUUAUUACGUUUUCAUUAUUAAUUUUUUUUUUAGGUGGGGUGACAACAUAUAUGUUGUCCGAGCUUGGAUCAAACAACGGUUUCCCCAAAUUGCAGAAGCUGAUAUUAAUACUCAUUUUGAUAUGUACGCUUUAAAUAAAUAUUGUUUGUAUGCCAUAAGUUUUAAUCAUUUACUUUCAUCAGUCCUUCAGAUUUAUUUUAAUAAAAUACAAUACUACACAAUUAAAUAUUUUCAUGAGAACUUUUUUUAAAUGUCAUGUAUAUUGUUGGACUAUUUUUAAAAAUGUCAUGUACAAUGUUCAUUUUAUAGUCAACAAAAAAAGAUAAAUUUUGUCAAAGACUCAUACAAAGUCCAUGUUUGUAUCCAUUCACGCGUCAAUAAGAAUGAGUGUCAGAUAUUUAAAAAAAAUAAUAUUACAAGGGUUGACUAGGAAAUCCUGAUGAAGAGAAAAAUACGUCGAUUCCGUUUAAUUAUGUCUUAAACGCCACUAACCUGUUGUGAGCCACAUUCAUCUGUGAAAAAAAUAUUAGAUAAUAACGUUUUUAUUACGUCAAGUACCUGUUGGUAAUCCAUAAAGGUUAGUGUAUCAACUGCAGCCUAUCACACGCUAUAUAUAUUUUUUUUUGGGGGGUUCUAAAAUAUUAAUUACUGGCGCAUCGUUUGUAAUAUAUUUUUUGAUAAAUUCUAAAUCAUUAAAUUAAUAUUUCUAUUUCGGUUUUACCUAUUUUAUUAAAAAGAGAGAAGUUAAAGUCUUUUUUCUUGUUUUUAUACAAUUUUAUAAAAACUACAAGAGUAUUUUAUAAGUGUUGCAACUUUUUAUUGUUUUAUCCUUUUUUUCAACAAUUUUACUUCUUAAUUAUUUCUUGUUUUGUUACUUUUUAUAAUUUUCUUCUCUUUAACCUUUGAUUAGUUUUUUUUCUUUUUGAUCAUUGCAUUCAUGAGUUUGCUUUUUCAAGCUAGACGUCAUUUAUCCUCGUUACCCAAACCGGAUAAAACUUCUUCUACAAGUAAUACACCAACAUCUCAUUUAACGAGUGAUUCAGCUAACGUAAACGCUGACGUGAUGUCAAUAAGUACUACGGCCCCAUUAAGAAAAGAUGACCUGUGUCAAGAUGAGGAUUAUACAGCAUCGUAUAUAUGGGUCGAGCAUCCUACAAUCGGUUGUACUCCUGGAUUGAUUGUAGAAAGGAUGAAGGAUGGAAAUGUGAAAGCACAGUUACUGGACGGGUCUAUUCAAACAGUGGAAAAAAACACGAUUCGAUUCGUGGAUUCCAGUUGCACUACAGGUGUUGAUGAUCUGCUUCUUUUAGAACAAUUAAGCAUGGGUUCUCUGUUACAUAAUACAAAAGUUCGGUAUUUAAAAAACGAAAUUUAUACUUCUGUUGGUUCACCUAUACUAAUAUCAAUGAAUCCUUAUACAAUUCUGCCAAAAUUGUAUAGUCUUGAAACAGCUCUUUUAUAUCGUACAAGUCGCGAAAAUUUGAGUGAUUUACCUCCUCAUUUAUUUCGGGUCGCGCAAGCAUCAUUAACCAAUCUUUUUUCUUCGGAAUGUGAUCAGGCAAUAAUUAUUUCUGGAGAAAGUGGUGCUGGAAAAACGGAAGCAACCAAAAUAAUUUUGAAUUAUCUUUCAGCAUUAAAACAUUUAGAUAAAUCCCACGCGGAUCCACUAUGCACAAUCGCAACCACAAAAUUAAGUUCUUCAAGCCUUGGUUGUUCUUUUGGCGUUGAAAAUCAAAUUAUCCAAUCCAACCCUAUUUUAGAGAGUUUUGGUAAUGCUAAAACAAUACGAAACGAUAAUUCAUCUCGUUUUGGGAAAUUUACUCAAGUGUUUUUUGAUAUGCAAUCAACUGAUUUAAUAAAAGCUCAAAUUUCAAAUUAUUUAUUGGAGAAGUCUCGUAUUGUGGUGCAGCAAACUAAUGAAAGAAAUUAUCAUAUAUUUUAUCAAUUGUGUGCUGGAUACAAUUUAUUAACUGCUGAGCUUCAAAAAAAAUUAGCAUUAGAUCACGUUAAUAAAUUCAAUUAUGUUAAAGGUCACCAAGAUUUGAAAAAUCGAGAUGACCUUAAGGACUUUCAUGAAUUACUUUAUUGUUUAAAAGCAUUACACUUUACUGAGUGUGACUUUGCUGAAAUUUUCAGUCUCUUAGCUGCUAUUUUACAUUUAGGAAAUGUUCUGUUUCAUUCUUCAACUAAUGAUCCCGAUCACUUAAUUUUAGAUGAAGCAAGUGAAAAUUCAUUAACUAUAUCUUCCGACUUACUAGGUCUACCUGAGGAGGAUUUAACGCGUCUUUUGAAAUUCAAAACAAUUAAGGAUGCAUCAAGUCAGGAAGAGAUCGUUUUACCGCGAAACUCGCAUAGUUUCAUUUUUGCACGCGAUUCGUUGUGUAAAACAAUAUAUGAAAGGCUUUUUAAUUAUAUAGUUCAAAGAAUUAAUGCUGUUUUAGCUGAGAAGCUUCAAAAAAAUCCAAAUCAUACAAAAGACAAGAAUUUGACAAAUGGCACCCGGAUAGGAAGUAUUGGAUUAUUGGAUAUUUUUGGAUUUGAAGUGUUCGAUGUCAACUCUUUUGAGCAAUUAUGUAUCAAUUUCGCGAAUGAACAAUUGCAACAACAUUUCAAUUUACACGUUUUUCGAGAAGAACAAAGCUUGUAUCAAGAAGAAGGAAUAGAAUGGAACGAUAUUGAGUUUGAAGACAAUUCGUCCAUCUUGGAUGCGUUAACUCAUAAAGCACAUGGUGUCUUUGCAACCUUAGAUUCAGAAUGUUUGAUGCCCGGUGGUUGUGACUCAAACUUCCUUCAAAAGGUUUUACUUUGCGCUCAAACCAAUAAAAUUAUUUACAUGCCUCCACAAUUGAAAAGAAAAGAGCAGUUCGGUAUUGUUCAUUACGCUGGUCCCGUUCUAUACGAUGUUCAGGGAAUGGUUGACAAAAAUAGAGAUCGCGUUGAUCAAGAUUUUUUUCAUUGUUUUCAAACAAAAGGACAAACAUUAUUAAUGCAAUUAUUCGAAGAACCUAUACCAGUUAAUAUAACAGGUUUACAUGAUCGUGAGACGCAAUCAAGUGGCCGCAAAAGUGUUCCAACACCACAAAGAGGGUUCGCUCAAUGUUCCGUGAGUUUUACCUUUCGUUCGCAAUUAACUGGUCUUAUGGACGUACUCCAAUUGGCAUCAGCGUCUUAUAUUCGUUGUAUUAAACCCAACGGACAUAAAUCUCCAAAGGAUUUCGAUGCUGUUGAUAUAUUACGUCAGUACGAAUGCGCUGGAAUGCUAGAAAGUAUUCGUAUUCGAAAAACGGGUUAUGCAAUACGAUUACCUCUUUACCGAUUUUUCAUACGUUACAGAGUCCUAUUUAAUACAGGAGAAGUUUCCGCGUUUCAGUUAAACAAUUGUCGUUCAUCUCCCACUCAUUUGACAGUGACACAAUUACAAAAAAAACGAUUAGAAGAAAUUCUUUUACGCUUAGAACCUUCAUCUAGUCGUAAAACCAGACUAUGGCAAGUUGGGCAAACAAAAGUUUUUAUGAAAGAAGAAUUUCAUACACUGUUAGAAAAAAAGAGAUUAGAAGGACUAUGCAGUUGUGCUACUAAAAUAACAUCACAUUGGAAGAGUUAUUGUAAAAGACAAGAAUUUUUACUUUUAAAAGAUGUUUCAACGGGUUUACAAGCAAUAGGUUACUGUAAAUUAUUUCGGCAUCACUUUUGUACAGAUCAUGUUGCUCAACGCCAUACAGCAAGCAUAGUAAUACAACGAUGGUGGCGUCAUUAUACCUUCGAAAAAGCUGCUCGCAUCGCUCGACAUGCUGUUGAUGUCAUAUCGUCUGCAUGGUUGACAUAUCAAGAGAGAAAGAAAAAGGAACUAUUUUUUAAAGUUGAAAAGCAAAAUUUUUUAAACAAAAAUGCAUUACACCAGAAGUCUUCGCAUACUACCACGUCCAAAACGUUCAAAAAAGCAAAUCAAUCAACAUUAGAUGAUACAUCACAUAAUCCAAUACACAAAGAAAAUUUAGGAAUAAAGGUUCCAAUGACUUCAGCAGAGCUGGUGAAUGAUGCUCCUUUUUCUGUGUAUGCCUCGCACGGUUCACCCAGUUCUGAUACAUUGUCUUCUACAACUUGCUCUGAAUGUCAAAUUCUUCUAAAGCAAAUCCAAUUUCUUCAAAGAGAGUUAUAUCAGAAAGAAGCACUUGUAACACGAAAAGACAAUGAAUUACAAACACUACAAAAUCAAAAUGCAACCUUAAAGCAACAAAUAAAAAUAUUUCAAAAGGAAGCCGUACAAACACAACAUUUACUCCAAAAAACGCAAGAUACACUAGAUGAAAACAAGAUGUCUUUAAAAGGAACAAUUCAGGAACACAACGUAUACAAAACAACGUCAUCCGUAGAGUGUUUUAAAGGUAAACAGGUCGAGAACCUUAAUCCGAGUUUUGUGAAGGAAACAGAUUACAAAAAGUUGCAAGAAGAAAAAUGUGCCCUAGUAAAUCAACUGACAGCAUCUGAAGAAAAACUUCGAAAUGCAGAAGCCACUGUUGAAACAUUACGACAACUGCAGUUAUAUAAAAAAAGAAGUUAUUCCACUGAUAUUGAAGACGAACCAUUUGUUACACGCCGUGACCCUCAGCAACCAGUACCAUUACUCUUAUCACCGUUACAGACAAAUCGCUUUAACCAGUCUACUUCAUUGAGUCAAAUUGAUCACUGUGGUCAAGAACAAGAAAAAAAAAAGGAUAUCGAAUUUUCUCUUUUACAAAAGCGAACGACCCGUGGUUCUCGUAUGGAAGCAUCGUUACCCGUUGCUUAUAUUGCUUUGAAAGAGGAGACGGUAGAAGGAAGAACUUUAAGAGGUGAAAUUGAAAUUCUACAAAGUGAAAAAAAAAAGCUCGUGAAAGACAAGACAAAAUUGCAACAACAAGUUAAUAUUCUAAUAAACGACAUUGAAAAAUAUCGAGAAGAUGUUGAGCAUUUAAAAACAGUUCAGUGUUCUUUAGAGCGUUCGGAGCAAAGUAUUUCAAAUGAUAAGAGAGAACUACAAACUCGCGUGAAAAAAGCUAUGGAAGAAAAAGAAUACAUGGAACACCAUAUAAAAAAACUAUCCAACAAAAACACUUCAUUGCUGGAGCGCUUACGUCAAUUACAACUUAACCAAAAAGAAAUGGAUUUUCAAGCUCAGUUGGGUGUAGCAACAACCUGUGAUAUUGCACAACAGAAAGCUUGCACAUUACUUUUAGAGUACCAAAAAACACUUAGAGAAAAAACAUGGAGACAUUAUUCUGUAGACACGAUAGUCAAUCGGUUUCAAUCGUGUAUCACCAAACUGUUAAUGUUGUUAGCAGCGUCUCCAGAGGCCACCUUUCUUAGUGGAAACGAUCCUACAGACAACCUGAAUGUUUCUGUAAAAAAAACACCUCGCCCGCCAUUAACAUCACGUUGUUGUUACACCGCACGCAGAUAUGAAAAAACUUGCCCACAUAUUGCUGAAACGCCUCUCUUGACACAACGAAACUAUGUUGAGGAGUGUAUUCAUUCGGCACAACGACAUGCUCCACUAUACACACCGCGCUCAACUGCGUGUCCUACUGAGAGAUUUAGUAACGCGCUAGCGACAGACCGAAUGAGAAAACAUUUAUUAUGUAAUAAUGAUCGAUCUUGUCUGUUACCACAUGUUUCUCACCGUAACGCAGCACUAUCAGAGGCUUACUGCCCCCGGUGCUCUGAAACGCAUGAUGCUGUUUAAGUCAAGUUUCCCUAGAAUUUUUCAUGUAUGACGGAUAAACGCUUGGCUUCCAUAUAUAGACUUGUACAGAAAAUGUGUCUUUUAGUUCAAUCGCAAUGGAAACAUGUAUUUUCCUUCGUUUCUUUUUUUAUACCUUUUUUUUUUUUAAAUUCAAAUCCAGGACGAGGUCGUUCUCCAUUAAAUUUUCACGACGUUGCAUAUUGUAAUACAAAACGUGAAUUAAACCCGAUGCAAUUUAAUAAUAUUAUUUAGGACUUCCUGUUUUGUUCCAAAGUAAUACUCAGUUUCAUUUUAUUUUAAUUUUUAAGCGGGUAGUAAAAUGUCAACUUAAAUCUUUUGUCAUUUCGCAUGUGUUUUGAAUACUAUAGCAAUCCCUAACGUUUAAAUUAUUUUGUUUAAACUUGGUGUUAUAAAAUUUUACUUUAAUAUUAUUUUUUUAAAAUUAAAGCCCACAAAAAAAAAACCGUUCAUAAAAGUAUCGUAAUUUAAUUUAUUCGUACAACGUAAUCAUGUUGGGAAACUUUGGCUAUAUUACAUUUGCGUUUACAAAAAGCUUUAACUUCAACCAAUAAAUCAACAUUAUGUGAUUCAAAUUUAACGUUUCACUCGUAAUUGUUGGUUAAUUCCAUUUCACACAAUAAAGCCCAUCUAAGGUCCAAUUCAAAUCAUUUUAUUUUAGUUUUUAUUAAACAAACUGAUAGCAGUAAUAAUCCGUGCAUGUACCUGAGCAACUCUUUACUACUGCAGAGGAUCAACAAAUCAUGAGGUUAUUAACGCAUAAUCUUCUUUUAUGUAACAGAAAGCAAUGCUCAGGAGGUUACCCAUUAAAAAUUACUAUUACAGAUUGCCCUAAUAGUACACAUAGAGAUGAUGUUCAAAAUUAUAAUCCAGAUAUGGUGAAGAAAUUAUUAGAACGCAUUUCUUGGGAUGCGCUUAGUCAGGCCGCUUCUUCGUUGUCUAUGGCCUUACCUGUUUCUUACAGUAAUGAAGAUUUAAACGAUGAUAAUUUUUUGAUGCUUGUUUACGACACACUAAUGAAUUUUCAUGUUCUUGAAGGUAGCUUGACCUGCCCUGUUUGCGAAAGAAUUUUUCCCAUAUCGAAAGGUAUUCCAAACAUGCUUUUAAAUGACGAAGAAGUUUAAUACAUUUUAAUUUGUUACUAAUAAACAAGAACAAAGUGUCUUGAUGCCUCGAAUGUGUUCAUUUUGAUAGCAGACACUCAAAUGAAUUUUUUUUCUACCCAAAAGUUUUUAUAUUUAACCUGUAUAUUGGUACCAUUAGAACAAUUCAAAUUCAAUUUGAAACUAUUUUAU